AGGGCGUGUAUCUCUUCCUAUGGCUCCCCAGAAUACACUGUUUUUAAAUGUAGCCGAUACCUGUAGCUGAAGGAGGUGUUUGGUCGGCGGGUGCAGGAUGUAAGGACUACCGGCUACAACCAGCCUCCGGGUGAAUUUGAGGAGGAGGUGCCCGUGAAUUUAUCUCUUGUCUGGAGGGGCAACAUCAGAUUUGACAUCGUCCUCCACUGACCAAGCUGAGCACAUCAACCCGACGGAGACUCCAGGUCUCUGCGGUUAUUACACGGGCCACAAUUUGCAAUAUGCGAUCACCGGAGUUGAAAGCAGAUUCUUCUCGCGGGGUGGUUCAGUGAUCCGGCAGCGCUUUAAGACAUGACGGGUCAGGCCCUGGGGAAACCGGGCGGAGGGGCUCACACGGAUGACAACGCCGCCAUCCACAUCAACGUGGGCGGCUUCAAGAAGCGCCUCCAGUCCGACACACUCUCCCGGUUCCCCGAGACGAGGCUCGCGCGCUUGCUCCACUGCCAGUCCAAAGAGUCCAUCCUGGAGCUGUGCGACGACUACGACGACACGGAGAAGGAGUUCUACUUCGACAGGAACCCAGCGCUCUUCCCCUACGUGUUGAAUUUCUACAAAACCGGCCGGCUGCACGUCAUGGCCGAGCUGUGCAUCUUCUCCUUCAGCCAGGAGAUCGAGUACUGGGGCAUCAACGAGUUCUUCAUCGACUCCUGCUGCAGCAGCGCGUACCACUGCCGGAAAAUGGACCAGGACCGGGAGGACUGGGACGACAGGAGCGACGAAGGGAGCACCACGUCGUCUUUCGACGAGCUGUUGGAGUUUUACAGCGACGCCACCAAGUUUGACAAGCAGCCGCUCGGGAGCGCGCGGAGGCGCGUGUGGUUGAUGCUGGACAACCCCGGCUACUCCGUGGCCAGCCGCAUCAUCAGCAUCCUCUCUAUCCUCGUGGUGCUUGGCUCCAUCGCCACCAUGUGCAUGAACAGCAUGAGCGAGUUCAGCCUGGUAGACGGCGAGGGGCAACCCGCGGAGGAUCCCCGGUUCGAGACAGUGGAGCACUUUGGCAUCGGCUGGUUCACUCUUGAGCUGGUCGCCAGGUUCACGGUGGCGCCGGACCUGCUGCAUUUCUUCGAGCACCCGUUGAACGUGAUCGACCUGGUGUCCAUACUUCCGUUUUACCUGACGCUCCUCAUCAACCUGGUGGUGGAGAGCAGCCCGGCGCUGGCCAACCUGGGACGCGUCGCGCAAGUGCUGAGGCUGAUGAGGAUUUUCCGCAUCCUGAAGCUGGCGCGUCACUCCACGGGGCUGCGCUCGCUGGGGGCCACCCUCAGGAACAGUUACAAGGAGGUGGGCUUGCUGCUCCUGUACCUGGCCGUGGGCGUGUCGUUUUUCUCCGUCAUGGCCUAUACGGUGGAGAAAGAGGACAGCGAGGAUCUCUCCACUAUCCCGUCGUGCUGGUGGUGGGCCACCGUCAGCAUGACUACCGUCGGGUACGGGGACGUGGUGCCGGUGUCCAUAGCGGGCAAGCUGACCGCCUCGGCGUGCAUCCUGGCCGGGAUCCUUGUAGUCGUGCUUCCGAUCACGCUCAUUUUCAACAAAUUCUCUCUCUUCUACAAGAGGCAGAAACAGCUGGAGGACGCGAUGAGGAGCUGCGACUUCCACGAGGGGAUCAAGGAGGUGCCCUCGGUCAACCUGCGGAACUAUUACGCGCACAAAGUCAAAUCCCUCAUGGCGAGCUUGUCAAACAUGAGCCGGAGUUCACCCAGUGAGCACAGCCUGAACGAAUCAAUACACUGAGGCUGGGUUUCAUCAAGGACACGGUGGGGGGUCAGGCUGGGUGACGCUUCUCAUUCAACGUGGCCCUUCACCAGGAGCUGUCCAGGGUGCUGAAACCUCUGGAUAAAAAACAACACUUCCUUCCACUGAUCUGACCGUUUGCCUCUCUGUAGCUCAGUGCAAUAACGUGUUAUUAUAUGUGUCAGUCACGAGGAGAAAGCAAGCAAAUGUACAGGGCAGUCUGAGUUGAUAAAUAUAUAUAUAUAUAUAUAUAUGAUAUGAUAUUUCACUGUGCAUUAUUACGGCCAAACUGCAGGCCAAAAAUGUAAGCACGUCAGAUGACAAAAGACAGAGAAUGCUGUGUUGUUUGCAGUCCUAGACGGUGUCACACUGUAGUCCAUCCUCCAGUACAUGUUGUGAUGUCUGACAGUAACUCCAGCCGUAUCUCUCUCGCUGUCUCUCGACAGAGUCGUUGAUGUGUAAUUGUUGUGUUGCAACAGGAUUACUUCAGAUGUGUGGUGAAAAGCAAACUGUAUUAAACAAAAAUGCACAACA